AUGACCUUCGCGUUAGCCGGUGACGUACUCUAUAUGAUCUUGGAUGUCCUGGGCGACGAGAAGGAUUAUAACAGCCUUUUUCAAUGCGCAAUUUCUUCGAAAUGCUUUACCGAGCAUUCUUUGGCUGUGCUAUAUAAGCUAUGUGAUACUUCGCCGGUGAGGGGCGGAGGUACAGAAGACGAGCAGUUCAGGUCUCGGAGAGUGGCCACCGUCUGGUCUAGUAGAGGCGAACAGGAUCCUGUCAUAAGGAAAUGGGCCCUAUUAUGGCGUUCCGUUAUCCUGUCUACUUUGGACCAAACUUACCUCCCUUACUAUAGCUAUAUCCGCUAUCUUGAUUUGGACGACUUCGGGGACCUCCUUAAGGAACCGCGGUUUACGAAGACGAUGAAGGAUGACUUCUUUACCCCGGAGCUAUUGGACUUGGUGUCCCACGACUACGAAGUCAAGGGAUCCAAACGGCUUCGCUCGUCAAAAGCCUAUCCCGACAAUGAUUGGGUCAUGGUGAAGAUUGGCACAGCAAUCAUUCAGAAAACUAGGUCAAUACGAGGGAUGUCUUGUAACGUGCCACCGGAAACCCUUUCUGCAUGGAUCGAAGGGUUACCCCUGCUAAAGUCCUUGACAAUAUGGUCUGGGGAUGCACUAAGCCAGCAUGCUGGCGAUAAGAUCCGCAACCACUCUCCUGAUUUCAAGCAGCUUACAAUAUACGGAUGGAAAAAUGAUCCACCGAGGAAUGCAGAGGCUGACUCUGAACAAUUCUUGACCGAAUUACGCCCCAAUACGCUAGAGUACUUCGAAGUACUCAGUUACUCUCAGCUGGGGCCUCGCUCUAUCAGAUCACUAGGGUUACAUCUGGAUUCUCUAGCAGAGCUAAAGCUAACGAGUCUCACCAUUGAGACAAUCGCAGAACUGCCCUCACUAACAGCAGCGCCAGCGUUGAAAGUACUGGUACUGACUGACUCCAUACCAGCUACGCGAGACGAAAACUUCUACGCAGUUGUCACACGAGUUGCUGAAUGGAUAUGCAGUUGCAAGGCCUUGCAACGCUUGGAACUCAGACGAUUUGUCGACGACUCUUACCUGUUAUCGCAGGUUCUACCCCAUGAAGGGCUCCGUCUGACAACGCUGUCCUUAGCUGGAUAUGCAAUGGCGGACAGCCGUCUUUUCCACGAGGCUCUCGCUUGUCAGCAAACCUUGGAAAAUCUCUACCUUCGCGGCGAAGGGAGUGAGUUUCCACCAGGCAAUGAAAUACUUGCAGACGUGAUUAGCCGGCUCAGCAACCUCCGAGAGCUGGAACUCAAAGACAUUUCUGACGGGUUCACUACAGACCAUGUGGCUUACAUCGCACACAUGCUCCCUCAUCUUGAGAGACUAUGGAUAAGCGGCGAAUUCUUCGAUGAUACAACGCUCACUGCGUUCCUGGAUCUACCAAGCCUCCAGAGUCUCUCCAUCCACGCCUUCAGUAACUUUACCGCUGAUGGCAUACUCUCUUUUAUUUCACAAUUGGGACCUAAGAACAGGGGCUUCAACCUGGCUAUUUUGAACGCAGUCGAUAGCACCCUUACCGAAGAAGCGCAAAAUGUAAUUCGCGAUACUCUGAAAGUGAGUUUGGAUGGGACGUUUGACUAUGGUCUUGCUCAAGAUGAGGACAGCGACUUAGACUCGGAUCAGAUGUCGGACUGA